GACAAGAAGAAGUCGGCGCAUGUGUGACGUCAUAUGCCCGCGACGUAAAGACGAAUGCGCUUCGUUCAAUUGAAAAUGUAACAUUAAUAGAAAUGUAUUCUUUUUCAAACACUAUUAUUAUUUUUACUGUUAUUAUCUGUGUACCUGUGAUGCUGUGAGAGUUUGUUUUGCCAAGCAACGUGUCCUCGGAGCUGUGCAGCAUCUCUGUGGUGAAACACACACAAUUUAACACCCAGAACACAACCCUUAAGUCUUAACAACAGGAGUGGAUCGACUACAAAAACAGUCUACAAAAUGUUGAAGAAGAAAACGAGUAGUGCUGAAAAGAAAAGGAAACACGCUCCAUGUGAGGACAGACUGGAGCCAAGGAAGCGACGAAGCACCGAUUACACUGUGGAGCUGGAGUCCAAAGAUGAUUUGGCAGAUGCAGAGCUGGACCGAAUUGGCAGUGACAUAGAAGAAGGAGGACUAGACCUCACUGUACAGUUCCAGCCAAUCACGGCCUUCGUCUCACAAAAGGAGGAAAUGCUGCAGCAGUGUUUCCACGUCCUGGGAGAGAAGAAACUACGCAAGAUGCUGCCAGAUGAAUUCAAGGAUUGCAGUUUAGACGAAAUCAAAAAGUUGUGUUGGGAACAACUGGAACAAAUCUCUGAGAAAAAUCUUCUCCAGAUCCUAACAGGUGAGGAGUUGACACCCUCCCAAGAAACCUCAGAGGAGCUAGUGGAGAGCCAGCAAGACAACAAUGUGGAUUCAACAUCUUGCCUCAAAGAAUCAACAAAAAAUGAGGAAACUAAAGAAGUCGGAGGUUCAAGUGAAGAGAGCGACGUCUUGAGCAUAAAUGCAGACGACAGCGACAUUGAGGCGCCUAAAGUGGAACAAACUGAUAAAACUGCAGAUGAUUCGAACAAAAACACAGAGCCUGAAAACCCUGCAGUUAAACCUGAACCAGUCACAGAGCAGCCUCUCGUGGUCCAACCCACCGAGCCCAAAAAAGACAUUCAGAGUGCUAUUGACAAGAGUGUAAGUGAGAUCCUGUCAUUUUCAGCUCCCGCACCUGUAGCACCAAGUGUCAACCAACCUCAAACUACAGGGGCUGUACAAAGUACGCCCCCUUCUGUCACCGAAGUGGUAUGUCAGCCUUCAAUCCAACAACUGGAACUGUUAGAGCUGGAGAUGAGAGCCAGAGCUAUAAAAGCAUUAAUGAAAGCGAACAAAAAGACAACCAAUUAACUAUUAUUUUUUUCAAUAUUAGACUGUUAAAUUCCUGUUAAAAUGUUCAGUUUAAAUGGUACAAAAAGGGUGACCAGCUGUCCCUCUUUUUGUUAUCGCUUGUUCCUCUUAUUUGGAGAAUGUCCCACUAUUUCAGUGAUGUCACAUGAAUUGUAUAAAUGGUUUACUUUUUUGGUUUUGUUUUCAUGUAAAUAAAUUAAGACUCAGUGUGGUACUGGGCAUUCAGAGUUGUAAUAUAUAUUGGCACCCACUACUCUUUCAAUCAAUGAGAGGUACAAUUGAUAAAAAACUGAAAAUGAUGUGGUGUUUUGUAUUGUAUAUUUGUAUUGCUUGUUUUUUUUUUUGUUUUUUUUUUUAAAUCUAUAAUAUUACAUUUCCAGAGUCGGCCCCUCUUGCCACAUUCAUUUCCACUUUUUUUUUCAUCCUAGAUUCAAGUUGAGUUACAGUUUCAGAGUGCAUUCUUCAUUUGGGGCACUAGAUGGCAGUGUUACUCCACAGUUUGACAGUGAGCCUUUGGUUAAGAAAAAAAAAAAGUGAUUAUCUUCUUUCAUAACAGUUUGGUCAUGAUGUGAUUUGGAAAUGUAAUUACUGACAGGCAAGAUAUUGGGAACAGGGAAUAACAAAAAUAUACAGAUGAGUCAAAUCUAACCAGAAUCCACAGUG